AUGAGUGAUGAGGAGAUUACUUACACAACUGUGAGAUUCCACAAGUCUUCUUCAGAGUUGCAGAAUCGAGGAAGGGCUGAUGAGACUCAAGGGUCUAGAGAAGCUGGUCACAAAGAGUGUUCAGUUCCGUGGCACCUCAUUGCAAUACCUCUGGGAGUCAUUUGUUCCAUUCUGCUGGUGGCAGUUGCAGUGUUGGUGACACACAUUUUUCAGUAUAGUCAAGAAAAACAUGAAUUGCAGAGAUCUCUGAAUAAUCUUCAUCAAGAGAAGAGCACCAUGCAAAAUGACAGCUACUUAAAGAAAGAAAUGUUUCAAAAUAAAUCUACAGAGUGUGAUACCCUCAAAGACCGUCUGUCCUCCCUCAACAGAACACUGAACAGAUGCUACCAGGAAACUAAAGUUGUUUUAGAUUACAAACAGCACAGAGUCACAAGUGUUGAAGGACACUGGUUCUGCUAUGGCAUAAAAUGUUAUUAUUUCAUCAUGAACAAAAAAAACUGGACUGGUUGUAAACAGACCUGCCAUGACCACAGCUUAUCCCUUUUGAAGAUAGAGGAUGAAAAUGAACUGAAGUUCCUUCAGCUCCAAAUGAAUACAAACAAUUACUGGAUUGGAUUAAAAUACGAUGAAAGGAAAGGGAAAUGGCUAUGGAUUGGUGAUGGCCCAUUUAAACUGGCCAAACCUGAGGCUCCAGUAGGGAAUCCUAGUGGUCAGAAAGUUCCUGUGGCCAUCACAAGUAUUUUCUCCAGUGGGAAAACACAGAAGCUUGGACACCUGCUUAGAAUAUCAGCUUCUAAUGAGCCUCUUGAGCAGCUGUGA